AUGGAUAGCACCAGUCGAAUGGCACUAAUGACAUUCGGCAUUGUAACAAGUUAUCAUAUUAAAAAGAUAGGAUUCUACUUGAAGUGGUCUGGUAGGGUUCGAAGUAAUUGGAAAAAUACAAGAUUAACUCAAAACAUACGCGGUGCAAAUGAGGAUGAAAGUGGCAAGAAGGAUAAUGGUGAUGUUGUUGAUGAACUCAAACGACGCUUACUGCCAACUCUGACCGCUACAUAUGAACAGGGCGGUUGUGUAACAGUAUGGCGAAUGCCAACCGAAAUUUCGCAGUCGCGAUUGGCGGGUCGUUAUAAGCCGUCUAAUGCUUGCACAAUAAUUGCUGUCAAAUUGACUGAAUAUAUCUAUCGGGAAGGCAUUAUACUACGACCUACACAAAUAUCUCUUCCAAGCAAAAGAAAUGGUGUCAGGUCACAUCCACGAUUUCAUCCACGAAAUUGGCCAUCGAAAAUAUUAGCCGAAUUUGAAAAAGCUCGGCCAAUUACGCGUUGUUCAGCACAACUGUUAAACGCGUUCAUUAAUGCCAUCAUUGAGGGUAAUGAAAUACACGAGCAACAAAUGGCAAAACGACGUCCGAUCUGUUCUUGUUGCGAUCGUCAUGCGGAAACAUUCACUAUUCCACAGGCACUGGAAGGGUGUGGUAAUGUAUUUCGAGAAAUUGAGUACGUUACUGUACAUGGAAAAAUUAUUUAUAAAUUGAAACAAUUUUUGCUGGCGCCUAUAAAAAGUGAUUUUCUCAAGGAUCAUUUACAAAUCUACAUGAUACUUAUUGUAUUUGAACGGUCUGUUUUACUGGUCUAUGAGCGUGAAUGCAAUGCAAUAUUCCUACUAGACACGCACACUCAUCUGAAGACAAGAAAUAUGAAGACAGGAGGUUUGAUCGCCAUGUGUCCACUGAAUAAUUUGGAUUGUUUGAUUAAAUGGAUGUGCAGAAAUAUUUUUCCGGAAACAGCCUGCAAAUUGAAUUGUGAUCAGUCCUUCGAAGUAUCUGUACUAACCUUCAAGGGACAACUUAGUAAGGACGAGCAUCCGCUAUUCGUGCCACGAGUUGUGGAAACGCUGCAUCUCUUUCCGGGACAACAUAUCGAACAAACAUUCCAUCCAGUAACACAUGCAAAUGAGAUGUACUAA